CCCCACCUUUCAAAUCUCCCCAUCUCCAUCCCCACCCUCUCGCCGCCGCCCGCCGCCGCCCCCUCCGCCCGCGGCCGCCGUUUCCUCCACCACCACUCCCGCUCCCACUCCCUCGCACCCCUAGCACCCACCGUGCCAAAACCCUGAACCCCCCGCGGGGGCCCCGCCAGCCAUGCCGAAGGUCUACGGCACCGGCGUCUUCGAGUUCCGCCACCCGCGCGCCGCCGAGUACCCGCUCCCGGCCGACGCGCCGCCCCCGGCCGCCGCCUCCGCGGGGGCGCCCGACAAGGCCCCCACCCCCUCCUCCGCGGGGGCCUCCACCAUCACGCUCCUCGACAUCCAGCGCGACCGCCUCACCCGCGUCGCCGCCGAGCACUGGGGCGCGCCCGCCGCCGCCGCGGCCUUCGACGCGGGCCUCGUCAGGGAGAUCUACGCGACCGAGCUCCGGGUCGAGGGGCGCGGCCGCAAGACCGUGCCGCUCCACCGCGUCAUGAUCCUCGAGGUCAGCCAGUACCUCGAGAACUACCUCUGGCCAAACUUCGACCCGGAUGCCGCCUCCUUCGAGCACGUCAUGUCCAUGAUCCUCAUGGUCAACGAGAAGUUCCGAGAGAAUGUGGCGGCGUGGACAUGUUUCCAUGAUCGAAAGGAUGCAUUCAAAGGAUUUUUGUGGCGGGUUCUUAAACUAAAGGAAGAGGAUAUGGAGCUUAAUAUGGCUGAGAAAACAAACUACCUGUUGUUCAUGAUAAAUGCGUUUCAGAGUUUGGAGGAUGAACUAGUUCGAGAAACUAUACUUCAGUUAGUAAGCCUCAAGUUGUGGCACACUCUUUCUUCUGGACGGCUUCAGAUGGAACUUUGCCUUAACCCUGAAUUGAUUAAGAAGUGGACCAAAAUCAAAAGAAAAGAAGCAAAAGAAGCAAAAAAAGCAGGUCAAACCUGUGAUGCGUCAGAACUGCUUGAGAAUAAAUUCCUUAGGAACUUAAUAGAAGAAUUCCUUGAGAUUCUUGAUUCGAAGGUAAUAUUAUCCAGUCAAGACGGUGGAAAUGAAUCUGUGCUUAAUGAGUCACUCAGUGGGCAGGUUGACGAUUCUUGUGUCUUGUACUGUGAGAGAUUUAUGGAGUUCUUGAUUGAUAUGUUGAGCCAGCUGCCUACUAGACGAUUUUUGAGGCCUCUUGUUGCCGAUGUAGCUGUUGUUGCUAAGUGCCACUUAAGUGCACUGUAUACUCAUGAAAAGGGGCGUCUUUUUGCACAGUUGGUUGAUUUGCUUCAGUUCUAUGAAGGCUUUGAGAUUAAUGAUCAUUCUGGAACACAGCUCAGUGAUGACGAUGUCUUACAAGCUCAUUACUCCCGUUUCCAAGCCUUUCAGCUGCUAGCCUUCAAACAAGUCCCUAAGUUGAGAGAUUUUUCCUUAUGUAACAUUGGUUCAAUCCAUAAGCGUGUGGACUUAGCAAAGAAGCUGCUUGUCUUGUCAGAUGUAGAACUUCAAGAUCUGGUUUGUAAUAAGCUCAAGUUAAUUUCAGAGGAAGAUACAUGCAGUGGAAGGCGUGAUUUUCUUAUUGAGGUCCUGGUUGCCUUUUUUGAGAAGCGUCAGUCACAGAAAGAUGCCGUAAAUGCACUUCCUCUUUAUCCAAAUGAACAGAUCAUGUGGGAUGAAAGCCUUGUUCCUAGCAUUAAUUAUUCUGGUGAGGGCUGCCUUGCUCUCCCAAAACUCAAUCUCCAGUUUUUGACGCUUCAUGAUUAUUUAUUGAGGAAUUUCAAUCUUUUCCGCCUUGAAUCAACAUAUGAAAUUCGGGAAGACAUUCAAGAAGCUGUUCCUCAUCUGCAUGCUUAUAUCAACAAUGAGGGAGACACUGCCUUUCGUGGCUGGUCCAGGAUGGCUGUUCCAAUAAAGGAAUUUAAGAUUACUGAAGUGAAGCAGCCAAACAUUGGAGAAGUUAAGCCAUCUGCUGUAAGUGCUGAUGUUACUUUCAGCAUCUCAAGCUACAAAUCACAGAUCAAAUCUGAAUGGGAUAAUUUGAAGGAACACGAUGUUUUAUUUUUGUUGUCGAUCCGUCCAUCUUUUGAACCCCUUAGCCCAGAGGAGGCUGCAAAAUCAACCGUGCCAGAAAGACUUGGAUUGCAAUAUGUACGUGGAUGCGAGGUUAUUGAAAUUCGUGAUGAGGAAGGAUCUCUUAUGAAUGAUUUUACAGGGAGGAUAAAGAGGGAGGAAUGGAAACCUCCCAAGGGUGAGAUUCGUACUGUUAAGAUUGCUUUGGAUACAGCACAGUACCACAUUGAUGUUACUGAGGUAGCAGAGAAGGGUGCAGAGAAUGUGUAUGGUACAUUUAACAUUCUAAUGAGAAGGAAACCCAAGGAGAAUAAUUUCAAAGCAAUAUUGGAAUCUAUACGUGAUCUAAUGAAUGAAACAUGUGUAGUUCCUGAGUGGCUGCAUAACAUAUUCUUGGGUUAUGGAAACCCUUCUGCCGCACAAUGGAUAAAUAUGCCUGAUCUUCUGGAAACUAUAGAUUUUAAGGACACUUUUCUUGAUGCUGACCAUGUUGUACAAAGCUUUCCAGAUUACCAGGUCACAUUUAUCAAUUCAGAUGGAACAGGAAACCUGAAUCCAAGCCCUCCUUUUAAGAUUAAGUUGUCAAAGAAAAUGAGGGAAAGUAGUCAUGCUCUACCUGGCAAUGCAAACUCUGUAUUGGUAGCUAAGAACAAUAUGGUUGAUGAUGAUGGGUCUCAGAAAGAAAAAAUAAUUGUUGAGACAUAUAUUCCUGCUGAUCCAGGGCCAUAUCCUCAAGAUAAACCUAAACAAAACUCAGUGAGGUUUACACCCACUCAGAUUGGUGCUAUAAUAUCUGGUAUUCAACCUGGGUUAACUAUGGUUGUUGGUCCUCCUGGUACGGGAAAAACAGAUACAGCUGUGCAGAUAUUGAAUGUUCUGUAUCACAAUUGUCCUUCCCAAAGAACUCUGAUUAUAACACAUUCAAAUCAAGCUUUGAACGAUCUGUUUGAGAAGAUUAUGCAGAGAGAUGUGCCUGCUAGGUACCUUCUUCGUCUUGGUCAAGGUGAACAAGAGUUGGCAACUGAUCUUGAUUUUAGCCGUCAAGGCCGUGUCAAUGCUAUGCUUGUUCGUCGAUUAGAACUUCUAGGUGAAGUUGCAAAACUGGCAAGUUCCCUUCAUCUUCCUGAAGAUGUGAGCUACACAUGUGAAACGGCUGCAUACUUUUGGUUAUUACAUGUUUAUGCUCGGUGGGAACAAUUUUUAGCUGCCUGUGCGCAAAAUGAAGACAAGCCCUCAUUUGUUAAAGAUCGUUUUCCAUUCUCGGAGUUCUUCUCAGAUACUCCACAACCUAUCUUCACUGGCGAGUCCUUUGAAAAAGAUAUGCAUGCUGCCAAAGGUUGUUUCAAACAUCUUUCUACAAUAUUUCAAGAGCUGGAAGAGUGUAGGGCUUUUGAGCUACUUAAGUCCACAGCAGAGCGUGCAAAUUAUCUAAUGACUAAACAAGCCAAGAUUGUUGCCAUGACUUGCACUCAUGCAGCAUUGAAGAGGAGAGACUUUCUUCAGUUAGGGUUCAAAUAUGAUAAUUUGCUGAUGGAAGAAAGUGCACAGAUAUUAGAAAUAGAGACUUUCAUACCGAUGCUGCUGCAACGGCAGGAAGACGGGUAUGCUCGUCUCAAGCGUUGCAUUUUAAUUGGUGAUCACCAUCAGUUACCUCCUGUCGUGAAGAACAUGGCUUUUCAGAAGUACAGCCACAUGGACCAAAGUCUCUUUACAAGAUUUGUUCGUCUUGGUGUCCCUUAUAUUGAGCUCAAUGCUCAGGGUCGUGCUAGACCUAGCAUUGCUGAACUAUAUAAUUGGAGAUACAGAGAACUUGGAGAUCUACCUUAUGUCCGUGAGGAAGCUAUCUUCCACAAAGCUAAUUCUGGUUUCUCAUACGAGUAUCAAUUGGUUGAUGUUCCUGAUUAUCGUGGCAGAGGUGAGUCUGCACCUUCUCCUUGGUUCUACCAGAAUGAAGGGGAGGCUGAGUUUAUAGUUAGUGUCUAUAUCUACAUGCGCCUUAUUGGAUACCCUGCCAACAAGAUUUCGAUAUUAACCACUUACAAUGGUCAGAAGCUUCUUAUUCGUGAUGUUAUCAAUAGAAGAUGCAAACCAUGGAAUAUUGAACCUCCUAGCAAGGUUACCACAGUAGACAAGUUUCAGGGUCAACAAAAUGAUUUCAUUUUAUUAUCUCUUGUCCGCACUCGUUUUGUGGGGCAUCUUCGUGAUGUCAGAAGACUUAUUGUGGCAAUGUCCCGUGCUCGUCUAGGCCUGUAUGUGUUCUGCCGUCGUUCACUGUUUGAGCAGUGCUACGAAUUGCAGCCAACAUUCCAGCUUCUACUCCAGAGGCCUGAUAAGCUUGGUUUGAAUCUUGAAGAGUGCACACCAUUUACAGAGCGACCUUUAGAGGAAACUGGAAAUAUUCACUACAUUACUGGCAUUGAAGAUAUUGAUCAUCUAGUGAAUUUCAGACUAGAACAUCUUCGUCAGAUGCAAUACAUGCAAUAUUAUGCACCUCAUGCAAAUAUACCACCUUCAUCAGUAUCAGCAAACAAUGACGAUGCAACUGAAAAUGGCAAUGCUGGCAAUGGUAUGCCUAAGGCAAAGGAAGGCAUGUUGGAAGAAAACGGUGAGGCAAGUGAUGCAGCAAUGAGAAAUAAGAUGGAGGAAGACACUAUUGAGGCAAAGGGUGACCUGACACAAGAAGAUAACAAGAUGGAUGGUAAAAAUCCUGAGGCAAGCGACGUGGCUAUGGAGGACAAGACCAUGGAUGGAGAUACUGAGCCAAAAAAUAAGAUGGAGGAAGGGAAUACUGAGGCAAAUGAAAGGAUGGAGGAAGAAAAUGACGAGGCAAAGAACAAUAUGGAAGAGUGAGCUAACAUGGCUGUUAUUUGUUUGGAAUAGAGGCUAGCAAAGGCUUCAUGUUCGCUAGCUUGAUCUACCAUAAUUCUUGAUUUGGAAUUCCAAAUAUUCAACCACGUGAUUGCAACGCCACAUGGAGGUGCUCGUAAUAGUGCUUCUGGGAUGUGUGCAUGGAAUGGAGCAUGACAUGCUAAGGUUGAAGAUUUUUUUGGGGCUUCUUGGCCAAAUGCAAAGGCAUGCUCCUAUUUUCAGCUAAUGGUGGUAUCCACAUGUUUUGCUAUAUGGUUUCACACAUUUAGCCGAAACACACCCGGCUAUUAUUCAGCGCAUUGACAUGUACAAAAGAGGAGUUUUAUCUAGGUUUACUUCCCUUAACAUAGUUAUGCGAGAGGGCAGCCGAAACAUCGAUGUUGUGAUAUUUUUGUAUACUCGAUUGUUUUUGUAAGAUGGGUACGUGGGGCGUUAGUUUUUUGACAUUGGAGCAUAUGAGGUAGACUACUGUAACUGCUGUCUGAUAACACUGCUAAACUGGGUAGUUGUAAGAGUGGCUGCUCCAAGUUUGAACUAAAUCAGGUUUAAAAAAUGAUUUGAGCUU